GCCGAGUUUUCGCCGCUCAACUUCUGAUGAACUUGGCUUCUGUUUUGUCUACUCUCCAACCUUUCUCCCUUUCCAGACUCUGACACCCUCCCGACAUUCAUUCUCAGCAUGGCCGCCAUAUCGCAAACGAACACUGGGACACCAUACCUCUGCGUCCAAUGCGACCGCACCUUCUCACGCCUCGACCAUUUAACACGGCAUAAUCGAAUCCAUACUCGUGAAAAACCCUUCAUUUGUCGAGAAUGUGGGAAAUCGUUUGGCAGAGUAGAUAUCAUGAAACGGCAUACCUGCUGGCACUUGCGCACUCCAUUCGUGUAUCGCGAUCGCCACGGGAAUGCGUGUCAUCGAGUAUCCCAAGCCUGCCAGCGGUGCGCAGCCAGCAAGCUGAAAUGCAACGAGGAGAAACCCUGCCGGCGCUGUGUGAAGAAGGGCCUACUUUGUGAGUACCAGGACGCGACAGACUCACAGGCGAAGCAAUAUCAGAGCCAGAAUGAUGCCGCUCCUGGCCCUAUGCUUUAUGCCCAUCCAGCCUCGGACUCGCCUGCGCUAGAGAGCACCGGGACAUAUGGAGGUGCCGACACGAUGGCGCUGCUUAAUGCCCAGCCUAUCUACGAUCCAAUGUCCAUGAGCUCAGCUAACUGGCCGUUUGCGUCUGCGUGGCAUAAUUUCUUGAUUGACGAGGCACUACAACCUCUACCGAUAACGGCUGCCGAUGGCUCCCAUGAAUGUCAUAACGCAUGGGAUGCGCUGUUUGCGCUCUCCAAUACAUGGGACUGGCAGGACGCUGUGGUUGCACCCGUACCGCACAUCCAGAACCACGAUGCCUCAAGCUCUGGGCACCGGGAUCCCGGAUCAAGUGAGACACCAGCUGCCCUGCCAGAGGGAAUCCAAGCCACAUCCGCGUUCGACGAGUCGUUCUGGAACUCGAUCGUCAUGCCCGACGGCCGUUCCAGAGUCAGCGGCAAAGCCCUCGCGGAAUUCCUUGGGUCGCGAAUAACCUCGUCUAUCCCAGCACCGUCAUCGGCCCUUGACGCACCACUCGACUCCUUCCGACCCCGACAGCACAUCCUCCCCAGGGUCCGUGACCACCUGCUCGAGCUCGUCAUUGCGCAGUGUCCGGAGGAGAAGAUCCUGCGGAUCGUGUCCGUGUUCCCGCCGGUAGACGCGAUCGAGCGACUCGUGCAGCACUACCUCCAGUACCAUGCUUUCCUCCCGACAGGAUGGAUCCACCUCCCGACAUGUGACCCUAAUACAGUGCGCACGGAGCUGUUGGCUGCCAUGAUGGCUGCCGGGGCGUGUCUUGCCCCUGUCCGCGAGGUACAGCAGUUUGGAGCUGCUCUUGGCUAUGUGGUCAAGGAAGCUAUUGGUGUGCAGUGGGACAAAGAAAUUAGUUCGUUUACUCGUGUACAUUCGCGAGGUCGCCAACUUCUACAGGCCUACUUGAUUGUCCUCUCAACCUGGUUUUGGACUGGAUUGGGCCGCAAGACGCGGCUGGCAGAGAACCUGGAGAUGUCGUUUGUUAUUAUUAUACGCAUGUGCCAUUACAAUCGGCACAGCCAUUACACGCCUCUAACUCUGGACCGCGAGGACACAGAUGAAGAAUCAGAAGAGAAAUGGCACCAGUGGGCGGAGCAAGAGUCUCUGAAAAGACUAGUGCACUCUUUCUUCCUCCACGACACGCAGAUGAGCAUGAUGCACCUCACCAACCCUCUCAUGUCUGCCUCGGAGAUGGAGCUUCCCUUACCCGCGCCACAGCGCAAAUGGACUGCCCGCAGUGCAAGAGCAUGGAAGAAAGAAAUGCUCAGCGAAGCACAGGCACGCCACUCGCAUACACCUGAUUCCAGCCCUACUUCUCUCCUCUCCACCGUGCGACAGGCCCUAUCAAUGCAGGCUACCAGCUACUCUUCCCCCCUUGCACCUACCGCAGCACUGCUCCUCCUGCACGGCCUCUGGUCGCCCGUCUGGAGCUGUCGAACGGAUACGGACCUCAUCGCCACCGGAACCGGGACCCUCCUCACCUCAUCUCGGACGAACGAGCUCGCGAACACCAUACGCGCUAUCCCCAUAAACAUCAGUGGCAGCCAAGAACACCUCGAAGAGGAUGAGGACCCCGAACUGGCCAUGAUCCGCGGAUACCUCCUCCUCACACUACACACCCCGCUAACCGCGAUCCAGAAAUUCCUUGGCCGGUACGGCGACCAGGAGGCGCGGGAUGCGGCGCCGGCGAUUCAUGAUUGGGUGUUCAGCCGAGAGAGUCGGUAUGCGUUGGAUGCCGCUGCGCGGGUACUGCAUGCAGCGCGGGAAAUGAGUAUCAAAACAAAUUGUCUACACGGAGCCUCCGCCAAUGCGGUGUAUACGGCUGGUCUCGCUCUGUUCUGCUAUGGGGUUAUUGUUGCGCCGCGAGAUGGUAAGCCUGGUUUGGCGGGGGAUCCGCCACCACUGAGCACCACCACCACCACGCAGGGAAUUGAUCCCAGUUUAACGGUCUGGUUAGGUGAAUCUGAUCGCCAGGCCAACGUACAGACAUUUCUUUCCUCGGGGCAUGGAGUCCCCGCAAUCCGACUCGGACUCGCGGGCAGUCCUCCUCCUCUUCCUCCUCAGACUCCUUCUUCUUCUGCGACACCUGCUCCUGCCCCUACCCUUACUGAAACCUUUGCUUAUAUCCACCACCCUGCAUCCGUCGCUGCGCUUGUAACGCGCAUUUUCACUCGGGACGGUACGCUCGCGCUCGAUGCCAUGCCUAUAUUUACAGAGAGUUUGGUUCGCAUCUUGCUUUUUUUGGGGUCCCCGGCUCCGGCAAAGGGGGAUGGGCGUUGAUUGGCAUGGGUGAACUGGGAAGUCUUUGUCUUCGAUGUAAGCUCUAACUGCUAUAGAUAAGAGGUAUACUUAUUAGUCACAUUUGCUAGAUUCAUAAUAUAUCUAUAAAGGUGUAUCCUUGCUAAGAUUUUCUUUCCUAGUGCUUACAACUUGGGGCUCCUGGGAUAUGUCCGAAUAGUUUAACCAACAUGCGAAGCAUAGGAUUUGUCUCAUCUAGCACCCUCUCCAGGGAAGUAAUCUCCUCCUCAAUCUUGCCCUGCAGUUGCAUAACCAGGUUCCACUUCUCAUCCAACCCGCAAUCUCAAGG